UUUGGUCACGUGAUAUAAGAGGUGGCGCUAAUAAAACAAUCACCUUCCUUGCGAAUCGGCUAUUUUUUUUGCGUAUGUAUGUGAUUGACAGUGAGAGUGUUCACGUUGUGUUGUGACUGCUUUCCAUUUUGGUAACAUUUGACUACUCCACGUCUGCUAUGAUUAUACCUUUAAAACUAGUAUGUGUUCUUUAUGGGCUAGUAUAUAAAAAGAGACCAUUUAAUUAAAAUAAUUUAAGUUUUGUAUUACCGUAACAUUUUAAAAACUCAAUGACCAUGUAUGGACACAACGCUUGUACGUAUAAAUAGGUUAACCAUCGUCAUGCUUUAUCAUUCUUUAAACUAACCACGCUAUACGUUGGAUUAUAACACAAUACAUGCUGUGUUGAACUGCCGUUGAAAUGUAAACUACAUCAAUUGCUUCGUGCUGUGUCGUCACAAGUCCUAUUUCCGCAUUGUGGCAAGGUUUGCGUUUCGACAGAUUUGACCUUCCUGCUUUGCCGUAGAGAGAAUAAACAUUGUCACGCAGCUGUUCCUGUCGUGUUACGUUACUUACAUAUCACAUCACACAUUGAAGUUCUUCCUUCGGAAUAUAUCGUGAAGAAUUGUUUCUGUGACAAAACGUCAUGGAGCCGCUGAUAAAAAUCAACCCAGGAGCAACCAAAUGGGACAUUCGUGGGAAAGUUUGGGACUACAUCGAAGACAACAAUCUGGCUAACUUCCCCCGGCCCGUUCAUAACAGAAUCCCCAAUUUCAAGGGUGCUAGUCAAGCCUGCGACAGGCUUGCUGACCUGCAGGAGUUCAAGUUAAGCCAGACAGUUAAAGACUCUUCCACGGCCUGCGCCAAGGUGUCUGAACUGCAAGUGUUCACCCAGGCAGUCGAGGUGAAGGUGGAUCCUGAUAAACCUCUGGAGGGUGCUCGACUGGCAGUGUUAGAGGCACACAAAACGUUAUUGGUCCCAACCCCUCGUCUUCGCUCUGGCCUUUUUAACAAGAUUGUUCCUCCCCAAGGAGCCAACAAAGAACAGCUGCGCAUAUGCUCUUCCUCACAGGGUGUGAAAGAGUUUAGCGUGCCGAUUGACCUGGACGCCAAAGUCAAGAUUGACCUUGUUGUGGUUGGCUCUGUGGCUGUGUCAGAGAAAGGUGUCCGCAUUGGAAAAGGUGAAGGCUAUGCAGAUUUGGAGUAUGGAAUGAUGGCCUCAAUGGGAGCUGUGAAUGAGUCUACUGUUGUGGUCACUAUUGUCCAUGACUGUCAGGUAGUGGACAUUCCUGAUGAGCUGAUGGAAAGUCACGACCUGACUGUGGACUACAUACUCACUCCAAGCAGAGUUAUUCAGACAAACUGCCAGUCUAGGAAACCACAAGGAAUCAUUUGGACCAAGCUGCAUACAGCUAAGCUGGAGAAGAUCCCCAUCUUGAAGAAGUUCUUGGCCUUGGAGGAGGAGGCAGGGAAGGACGUCACACUUGGGCCAGAGCCUCCUGCAACAGAGUCACCUUUACAAAACGCUCGCCCCAAAAGGCAAAACCAACGCAAGCCAAGGCAGAAAGUCAGAGAAGAUGCCCAAGAAGAGUUCAAUGAUGAAAGAAGUGGGGAAGCAGAACCGAACACAAGAAGACGUCCACCUCGAGUGAGGAAAGAAAGCAGAGGAAGUGAAGGAGAGGGUGUUGAAAAGAGAAAGAGAACAAGAGGAGGUGAAGGCAAUAGGAAAGAGAAGAGUCAGGAGAGCGGAGGAGAAGUUCUGACCCAAAGUAACUGCCUUCAAGGUGUGACCACCGUGUAUCUGGGUGGGAUUCCUACCGGGCUGCGCGUGAGUGAGCUGAAGAUCGCCCUCAGAGAGAAAGAGGCGGGGCCACUCAGGCUCACCUGGCAGGGAGCUCAGCGCCGGGCAUUCCUGGACUACAGCGACCAGCAGGCUGCCGAGAAGGCCCUGGAGGCUCUGCAGGGGCUCAGUCUGAAUGGUCAAAGUGUGCAGGUCGAGCUGGCCAAGAGCCAACGUCGCAGCAAGAGGCCCGACACGUCUAAUCGCAGACCAAAACCGCCCACUGCUCCGACGUGCGAUGCAGAAGCAACCGUUUCAAAGAGCGACGCUCCUGAAGAGAUUGAGCAGUAAAAACGCAAAAAAUAACUGCACUAACCCUGAGAUGCCUUAUAACACUUUGGUUUGUUGAAAUGUAUCUGAUUGAUUACAGUAGAGCCAGAAAUGUAUAUUGAGAAACAUCUAAAUAAAAUAUGCAACAAAA